AUUUCCGGUGUAUUGGGAAUAUUCUGGUUGUUGUCUUUGGUGCAAGACGCCAAUUCUUAUAAAUUUAGUCUGUAAUUUGAUCGAAGUGUUAAUUGAUCGAAGUUUUGUUUGGAAUUCGUGGCCAUAAAGCCAUGGAUAUGCCACCGCCUCCAGAGGACCAAGAACUGAGGAAUGUCAUUGACAAAUUGGCCCAGUUUGUGGCCCGGAAUGGGCCUGAAUUUGAGAAGAUGACAAUGGAGAAGCAGAAGGACAAUCCCAAAUUUUCCUUCUUAUUUGGCGGAGAUUUUUUCAACUACUACAAGUACAAGUUGGCCGUUGAGCAGCAACAGCAUUCUACUACACAGGAAUGUGAGGAGUAUAAGUUGGAAGUGAUUUGCAAGCAGCCAGGGCAGGAGCCUCCAGAUGGCCCACCCCCAAUGGCCAUGAUGCCGCCGCCCCCCAUCCCUCCGGCCACGCCCUCAGUGGACGAGCUGAUCCAGCAGAGCCAGUGGAACCUGCAGCAGCAGGAACAGCAUCUGCACAGUCUCAGACAGGAGCAAGUGACUGCCGCUAUUGCGCUGGCUAUGGAACAGCAGACACAGAAGCUCCUGGUGGAGACGCAGCUGGACAUGGCCGAGUUCGACAGCCUGCUCCAGCCCAUUAUUGACACCUGCACCAAGGACGCCAUCUCGGCUGGGAAAAACUGGAUGUUCAACAACGCCAAGUCACCGCAGCACUGCGAGCUGAUGACCCGCCACCUGCGCAACCGCAUCACCACGGACGGCGCUCACUUCGAGCUCCGCCUGCACCUCAUCUAUCUCACCAACGACGUCCUGCACCACUGCCAGAGGAAGCAGCAGAGGGACCUGCUGGCUGCUCUGCAGAAGGUUGUGGUGCCCAUUUACUGCACAAGCUUCCUGGCCGUGGAGGAGGACAAGCAGCAGAAGAUAGCCAGAUUGCUGCAGCUGUGGGAGAAGAACGGCUACUUCGACGAGGUGACGAUCCAGCAGCUGCAGAGCCCGGCUCUGGGCCUGGGUCAGUACCAGGCCUCGCUCAUCACCGAGUACGCCGCCGUGGUGCAGCCCAUACAGCUGGCCUUCCAGCAGCAGAUCCAGACCCUCAAGUCCCAGCACGAGGAGUUCGUGGCCAACCUGAAGCAGCAGCACAGCGCGGCGGCGGCGGUGGCGGCCGGGCAGUUACCGCCGGGGGACGCCGAGGUGAAGCCUGCGUCGCAGGUCGCCGCGGUGACCACACAGCCUGGGGAUGUGAAGCCGCCCUUGGCCGUCCCGCCCCCAGAUUAUGAUGGGGCUCCGGCCAGGCCUCCUGACUCCGCCCCCAGUGGCCCCAAUGAACCAAUCCCUGCCUCUAAGCCCAGCUGGUUUGACCCCCAACACAACAUCUCUGCAUGGGCCCCGCAGCAGCCGCCGCCGUUCGACCCUACGCAGGCCCCGCCCCCGUGCCCGCCCUGGAACAGCCACGAGGGCAUGUGGAACGAGCAGCGGGACUCCAGCUGGAGCGGCCCGCGGGAGAGCGGCCCCUGGAGCGGCGCGCCGGAGCCCCCGCCGUCCUGGAGCGGCCAGUACGAGCAGCCGCCCUGGAGCAGCCAGCCGGAGCAGCCGCCCUGGGGUCAGAGGGAGCCGCCCUUCCGAAUGCAGCGCCCCCCGCACUUCCGAGGCCCGUUCCCCCCCCACCAGCAGCCCCCCCCGUUUAACCAGCCCCCCCACCCCCCGCACAACUUCGGCCGCUUCCCGCCACGCUUCAUGCAGGAGGACUUCCCCCCGCGCCAUCACUUCGAGCGGCCGCCCUACCCGCCCCAUCGCUUUGACUACCCGCAGGGGGACUUCCCGGGAGAGCUGGGGCCUCCUCCCCACCACCACCCCAGCCAGAGGAUCCCCCCUCCGGGGAUGUCGGAGCACCCACCGUGGGGGGGAAACCAGCACCCCGACUUCGGCCCCCCGCCGCACGGCUUUAACGGGCAGUCCCCCCACAUGAGACGCCAGGCCCCCUCCCACGUCAACCAGGACGACCCCAGCCUGGUGCCAAACGUCCCGUACUUCGACCUGCCCGCCGGACUGAUGGCCCCUCUAGUGAAACUUGAAGACCACGACUACAAGCCCCUGGACCCCAAAGACAUCCGCCUGCCUCCUCCCAUGCCCCCCAGUGACCGUCUGCUGGCAGCUGUGGAGGCCUUCUACAGCCCCCCCUCUCACGACAGGCCCAGGAACAGUGAGGGCUGGGAACAGAACGGCCUGUACGAGUUUUUCAGAGCGAAGAUGAGAGCCAGGAGGAAAAAGGGGCAGGAGAAGAGGAACAGUGGCCGAGGAAGCCGCUCACGCAGCCGCUCGCGAAGUCGGGGCCGGUCCUCGUCCCGCUCCAGCUCCAGGUCCUCCAAGUCCUCGCGCUCCUCCUCCAGGUCACGGUCCCGCUCCAGGUCUCGGUCCUACUCCAGGUCACGGUCCAGAAGCAGGAGCGGGUCCCGCUCGUCCCGCAGCCGCUCCCGCUCCAGGUCCCGGUCCAGGUCUCGCUCCCCGGACAAGAGGCGUCGCACCAAAUCCCGCAGCCCCACCCCUCCCUCCACCUCUGGGCUCGGGUCUGCAGCUUCCUCCAUCCCACCGGAACUGAGGCUGGGGGAGGAGAACAAGGGCCACCAGAUGCUAAUGAAAAUGGGAUGGAGUGGAUGCGGUGGGCUGGGAGCCAAGGAGCAGGGCAUCCAGGAUCCCAUCAAGGGAGGAGACAUCCGGGACAAGUGGGACCAGUACAAGGGAGUGGGCGUGUCACUGGAUGACCCGUACGAAAAUUACCGCAGGAACAAGAGUUACAACUUUGUCGCCCGUAUGAAGGCAAGGGAGGAGGUGAAUCGGGAGCCCUCGGAACCUGCUCCUACAGAGUGAUCGUAGACUCCGCUCAGAUUCCAAAACUCCCACAAUGCAUCAGCAGAUUGUAUCCUGCUCAAAUAAAUGUGAUUUUUGUAACUAACUCCGAGGCCCGGCAGUAUUUUUGUCUGUCUUGCGUCUGAUGUGCAUCUUUCUAAGAACCAAAAUUCAGAGAGGUCCUUAAGUAAGAUUGAUUUUGUAGUCUAGACCAUUUCUUUAAAAAAAAAAACAUCUGUUCUUUUAGAAAAUUCUAGCCUGAUUGCCUGGAAAUAAUGUAGAGUACUGUGACUUUCUUUUUAAAAACCAUAUGGUAAUGUAUAUUCAAACAUUGAGGAUAUAGUUUCCACAGUAAUCUUUGUAUGUUUCACCAUCCAGACUAUAAAAUGUCAAUAAAUAAAGGGUUUUAAAGGCUU